UGGGAGGAAGAGGGAGCGAAGUGAAGAGGAAACGUGUGUAGAGUCUCCACGUGAAUCGGUGUGAACAUGACGUCGGUUCAAGAGCCGGAGGUGCAGCUCGCGCAGAGAUUAGCCUCCAACGAGAAGCCCGUCCGGGCCAAGGCCAUGAAGAAGCUGAGGAAGUACAUAUAUGUCAGGUCUCACGUCGAGGCAGGUGGAUUCAACAGCGAGGAGCUGCUCAAGCUGUGGAAGGGUCUGUUCUACUGCCUGUGGAUGCAGGACAAGCCACUGCUCCAGGAGGAGCUGUCCAACCAAAUCUCUUCCCUGAUCCACAGCUUCCAGGAUAUUGACGGACAACUGUUGUACCUGGAGAGCUUCCUGCAGACCUUCAAGAGGGAGUGGACUGGUAUCGACAGGCUGCGCAUGGACAAGUUCUUCCAGCUGGUUCGCUUCAUGUUCAGACAAACGUUUGAGGUGCUGAAGAGGAAAAACUGGGACAGCAGUACGAUUGACCGGUUCCUGGAGCUGCUGACGGCUCAGCUCCUGCAGAGCGGCAGCGGGGCUCCACUCGGGCUGCAGUUCCACGUCCUGGACAUUUACAUGACGGAGCUGGCAGCCGUGGGCUCAGCGGAGCUCACAGCUGAUCAGAACUUGAUCUUCAUCGAGCCGUUCUGCAAAACAGCAGCAAGGACCAAAGAUCGGCCUCUCUUCAGCGCCAUCUGCAACAGCAUGCUCAGCACCAUUAUUGACCAGGCCCCCUUCGCCAUCGAAGACCUGAUGAAAGAGUUGAAGGCAGCCGAGGACUCUGACUCCGGACAGGCGUCCGAAGAGGACAACGACGAGCUGAACGAGAAGACGAGCAAACCGGUCGACGAGAAGAGGCGACCGAUGAACGGCAUUGCCUCAAAUGAGGACGAGGGUAAUGAUAGUGAUGAUGCUGAGCUGGAAGAGUCCGACAGCGAGGUGUCGUGUGAUGGGGAUGCCGAACAAGUCCUCCAGUUUGACUACGCCGCCCUGGCCGACAAGUUGUUUGAGUUGGCCAGUCGCAGCAGCACGCCCAGCAGGAACCGACAGAGGCUCUACAAGAUCAUCAAAGUUCUGCGUGACCUGAAUGAAGGCGUCUUUCCUCAGGACGAAUACCCCGAGGAGGUCUCCACGGAUGAAGACGACGACAUGUUCGGCAGCAGGAAGAUGAUGAUGAAGAGAGGAAGAGGAGGGGGUCUCAUCGGGGAUACCGAUGAGGGCGUGCCAGGAGCCAAGAAGAGUAAAGGGGCGAAGAAGGAGGCCGACACAAAGCAAAGCAAGGACUCAGGCAAAGGUGACAAUGAACCCGCUGACCUGAAAGAUGACGAUGAACCCGCUGACCUGACUGCAAAUGAAAACAACAACAAGAAGAAGAAGAAGAAAAAGAGGAGAAAGAAGAAGACGAAAGUAGUGCAGAAUAGAGAUGCAGACGGAUCUGAACCUGGGCAGACUGUUGCUCCAGCCCAAUGUACAAUCAAAGAGACUGAGGCAGGUCCGGCGUGUGAUUUGGAAAAGGAAGUACUGACACAAAGUUCCCUCACAGCUGUAGAAGUGACGGAGGCAAAUACUCCAGAGGUGCAGUCAGAAACUCUGCUCCCCUCUGCAGUGAAACGGCCUCCAGGUGCUGUGGCAGAAGAAAGCAGCCGACCCGGUGACGACAUGCACCAAUCUGUGAAGAACGGGGAGACCUGUGAGCUCAAAGCCGUGGAGCCAGAGACGACCUCCGAGGCCGACGCCUCGGACAAGAAGGGCCUGAAGGCUGAACUGCAGGCCGAUGCACAGGCAGAAACCCUUCCACUUAAUUAUGACGAGUCUGCAGAAAACAACACGGCAACGACACCCGAAACGGAUUGUCCAGCACCGGCCAAGCAGAAGAAGAAAAUGAUGGUGAAAGUCACUGUUGUGGUCACAGAAGAAGAGGAGGAUGAUGGCCCCGCCUCCGUACCGGAGAAGCAAACUGAUUCAUUAGCCCCAUGCGGUGAGGAGAGUAAGAACAUUGACCUCAAAGGACCACCGGUGGAGGCUCAACUCGAAGAAGUCGAAUCACAAGACGCCGCCGCAGCGCCACUCGCAAAGAAGAGGAAGAAGAAGAAGAGCAAGCAGGAGGAUGAUGGCCCCGCCUCCGUACCGGAGAAGCAAACUGAUUCAAUAGCCCCAUGCGGUGAGAACAUUGACCUCAAAGGAACAACGGUUGAGGCUCAACUUGAAGAAGUUGAAUCACAAGACGCCACCGCAGCGCCACUCGCAAAGAAGAAGAAGAAGAAGAGGAAGAACAAGCAGGAGGAUGAGAGCGCUGUCGUCCAAUUGAACAAGAAGAGGAAAAAUAACCCAAAUGAAUGUCCGACUUCAGUGGCAGAUGAAGCUGUGGAGGCUGAGAUCACCGUGACGACGCCAGCAAAGAAGACGAAAAAGAAGUCGGCGGUUGCCCCCGCGGACGUGGAAGAUACAAGCCAGUCGCCGGUGGCGUGCAUAGUCGAUGCAGAACUCUCGAGUGAAACCCAAGUCGUCUCCUCCUCUGUGAAACCCACAAAGAAGAAGAAGAGGAAGAUCCCAGUGGUGUUUGAGUACGAGGCCGAUGAGCUGGAGGCGGCAUCCAUCAACGGGGUCGCCGAGGAACCCGCCGCCACCAAGAAGUCAAAGCCCGACAGCGACGUUGGGCAGCCGUCCACUCCUAAAAAGUCCCAAAAAAAGAAGGCGAAGGCUUCCCGGGGGUCGGAGUCUGACUUUGUCACCUUUCAAAGCAACGCCACCGUCCCAACGCCACUCUUCUGCAAAACCAGGGGGGGAGCCAGCACGCCGCUGUCCAGCAAGAAGAAGACUCAAAGUCCCAAAUCCGAGUCCAAGAAGGUGACCUUCGGGCUCAAGAAUAACAAGACGGCUGAGUUUCGUAAGAUGGACCGCAGCCUGCUGGUGAGUCCAGACGGCUCGUUACGAGUGCCCUUUGACCCCAAACAGAAACCCAAGUUCGGGGUCUUGAAGUCUCCACCCACACCCGCCACCAGAAAGACCCCCAAGGCCGUCAAGAAGGCCGUCAAGAAGGCCGGCACCAAGACUCCAAAGACCAAGACGAUACGCCGACCCCUGGCGGCCGACUUCUUCUAGCUUGGAGCUCGUGAAGCGACUGAUGGAGAACACUUCCCCGUUGGACAUGUAAAGUGUAGUUUUUAUUAUCCAUCAGUGUUGCUUUUUGCCUCCGUGUUGUUCAAUGUUUUAAUUGCUUCUUAGUUUUUCCAUCUUAAUCAAGUUCAGUUAAUGUGUCAUUGAGUUUCAUGCAGCACAUGUCAAUAGAUGUUAUUUUGUGAAAAAGUGUCUUUAAUAGAACAAAAUAAACUGAACAAGUUUA